GGAGUUACCUGAACCGAGGAGUUUUGCGUAGUCAUUUGAGUUUUGCUCACAAGACAACACAUACACACACACACACACACAUUUUACAGAGUUUAAUUAGCAUAUUUCAGUCAUGACUCUCACAGUAAAACAACAAUUUGAGUAAGUUAUAGAUUGUAUUUAAACCAGGACAUUUUGGACACAAGCCCGCGUGCCGCAGACGACAGGUGGACAUUGAUAUGGAGGAGUCCAGUGACUUGUAUAUUGUGUACGAGACAAAUGGCCCCGCUCCCUGGGCAGACCACCAACAUCAGUGUCUGGAGGAUCUGGACAGUGUGGAAUGUCUCAGAAGGAAGAUUAAAUAUUACUUUAUGAACCCCUGUGAGAAGUACCACGCUCGAGGCCGAAAACCAUGGAAACUUGUAGUGCAGAUUAUCAAAAUUGUUAUUAUUACUAUCCAGUUAGUGUCUUUUGGUCUGAGCAACCAGAUGGUUGUCACAUUCAAGGAGGAAAAUCUGAUGGCAUUUAAGCAUCUCUUCUUGAAAGAUUAUGUUGUUGGAGGCAUGGAUACAUAUGCUGUUUACAGACAGGCUGAUGUUUAUGAUCACAUCGAUUACAUCAUUGAACAGUAUGGACAUCUGCACAACAUAACAGUAGGCAAUCACGAAUAUGAGAAAAACGGUGCUUUCUACACCCCCCUGUCAGUGUGUCAGGAGUUCUACAGAAAUGGCUCCAUCUACCCUGGAAACGAGACCUUUCAAAUCGAUGCCCAAGUGGAAACCGAGUGCCUUGAAGUGUAUCCAAUGUAUUAUCCGUCAUUGCAGGAAGCACAUUUUGAAUUGCAUUUCAAAAGGAUGCUCUCUGUCAAGGUCACAUUUGUUCUCAAGGCCAUAAAUUUACAGACAGUGAGACAUCGAGAGCUGCCAGACUGCUACGACUUUACCGUUAUUAUAACCUUUAACAACCAAGCUCACAGCGGCAUGAUAAAGGUUGACCUGGAAACCGAUGUUGACAUUAACGAAUGCAGAGACUGGACUGUAACUGGAGCAUCUGCUCGACACAUAUACCUGACUGUGCUGUUUGACUGCCUCGUCAUUAUCACGUGCAUCACCUCCUUCACACUCUGCACACGCUCAGUGAUCAAUGGGAUCAAGCUGCAGUUUGAGUACACACAUUACUGCAAGAGUCGUUGCGAUAAAGAAGUCCCAUGGUCAGACAAGUUGGAGUUUGUUAAUGGUUGGUAUAUUCUGAUCAUUGCUAGCGACAUCAUGACCAUCAUUGGCUCCAUUCUCAAGAUAGAGAUCCAGUCUAAGGUCCUCACAAGCUAUGAUGUCUGCAGCAUCUUCCUUGGGAUCGGCACCAUGUUUGUCUGGAUCGGGGUCAUCCGCUACAUGGGCUACUUCAGGAAGUAUAAUAUUCUCAUCCUGACACUGAGGGCAGCUUUCCCAAAUGUUAUCCGUUUCAUCUGCUGCGCUGGAAUUAUCUACCUGAGUUACUGUUUUUGCGGCUGGAUCGUCCUCGGCCCAUACCAUGAGAAGUUCCGGACCUUGAACACAGUGUCAGAGUGUCUAUUCUCCCUGAUCAACGGAGACGACAUGUUUUCCACCUUUAAGAACAUGCAGCAGAAGAGCAGCCUGGUGUGGAUCUUCAGCAGGGUCUACCUCUAUACCUUUGUCUCACUCUUCAUCUACAUGAUCCUCAGCCUUUUCAUCACAAUCAUCACUGACACCUACGACACCAUCAAGCAGCAGCAAAGUGCAACUCCAACAUCAGAGCUGCAAAAAUUCCUGUCGUUGUGUAAAGAUCUGCCUAACUCUGGGGUGUACAGACUCGACGAGGCCAGCUGCUUCUUGAACUGCUGCAUCAAAAGGUGCAGAAAGCAUGAGACGCUGACAUCUGAGGCAUAGCAAGGCCACUAAUGUGGAAAUAUGGAAAGGCUUUACCGUAUAAACUGUAACCUUCCAAUUAAUGUGCACUUUAUACUGUUAUAUUUAGUAGGGGAGUCUUGAAAAGCUUUUUUUUUCAUUAACAUCCAAGUUUUACUCAGGUGAUUUGAUUUAAUGUGAAGGAGCAGUUUUUAAGUACUGAAAAGACCAAACUGGAAGGUAAGAAACAAAAGGAAUUCAAGACAGAUGAAGUCUGGUCUCUAUGAUGCAGAGAGCACUUUGUAAAUACACUUAUUUAUAUUGAUGUCUAGAUGAAACAAAGUGACAUUUGGAAUUUUCCAAAACAUGUCCUUUGGAAGGAUCCCCAUGUUGUACACUGAAGAUAAUGAACAAGGUUAAAUAAAUAAGUUGUAAUGUAAAA